AUGGCUUUCCUUCAUGGUGUUCUCCAGACUGUAAAAAAUGAUAACGUCAAAACUUAUGAUAAAAAUAAUGUUCCUAAUAUUAAUAAUGUUCUUCGUGAUUUACAUAAUAAUAUAGGUAAAGGCCGUCAGGCCUUCGAGAAGGCCGUGGCUAAGGUGGAGGGGAAAAUCAAGAGUGUUACGACGCCGAUUACAAAGCUUUUAGAAGGCGGCGAGGAAGAGAAUUUCAAGAACAUUUCGAAGUUGAUUGAAGACAUUCAAGGGAUGCAGAGUCAAGACUACGAGAGUGUUGUUAACAAGAUUUCUCCAAAUGAAGGUCUGCCGACGAAGACUCAAGAGGCACUUAAAGCACUUGGUAGCGUAGACAAACAGCUUUAUAAUUUGUUACAUCCGCACGUUAGCUUACUGCAUAAUGGUGUUGAGACAUUUCAGAAAAAUGCUGUGUCAGACCAUGAGGGUCUUACGUCGCUAACUGGAGAUGUGAAAACAUUCAUUGAGGCACUUGAAAAAGACGUAAACAGAGUUGCAAAAGAGCAACAAGAUAAUUGCAUUAGUGAGUUGCAGCAGGAAUUUCUCGAGAAAAUUCAGGGACCUAUCAACCAGGUAAAAAUUAAUUUGGAAGGCGUCGAGGAGAAGUUGGAAGUGUGGAUUACUGCUGUCACGCAAAUUGUGAGUGAGGUGAAAAGGAGGGCUAGCGUAGUACAUGAUGCGUUGGAUCCUGCGAAAAUAAAAGGAGGUAAAAAAACGGAACUUGGCCAAAAAAUUGCUAACAUCGAUGGGUCAAAAAACGCAAUCUCGGCUGCAAAUAAUGACCUUGGGCAACGUGUUAAGGAAUUAGAAAAGUGGAUCGAGAGUGCGGAAAAGAUGCGUAAGGCGGCGGAGGAUAAGGCAAAACAAGUGCGUGAGAAAUUGCAUCCUGAGAGGAAUGAUGACCCUACAGACCAUCCUAUAGGUAAAGGAAUAGGUGAAAUUGAGGAGGCUCAGAGAUCAGUUGCAAGAGUGAAUGCUCAGCUGCAGACAAAAGUUGGGAACUUGAAUACUUGGAUGAGCACGGCCGGUGAAGUUAUAGACAAGGCCAACGGUAAGUGUGAUGAGAUACUUGGGAAGGUGCAAAAUGGCCAUGAAAAAAACCCAAACGAAAAUAAUGGGAAGACAGAAAUCACGAAGCAGGCUAUAGAAUUAAGAGACAAAGCCAACGAGCUCCGCAAUGCUGCGGUUGCAGUUAAGAAGACUAUUGAAGGUCAAGUGCAAGCGGCACAAAGAGCUCUUGGGGAAUUAGAUAAACGGGUGGAAAGUGACUUAUUAGCAUUGAAAACACAGCUUACUGCUGCUGUUCGAGAUUACUUCGCGAAAUUCGGAACGGUCAAUUUUAAAAGUGGUAAGCCCGACACCGGUGGGACAGUGAAAGAAAUCACAGGCCUGAAAGAUACCAUGUUACAAGUUUGGAUUAAGGGUGCACUAACAGCUACGGGGAAUGGUAGUCUGUGGGUACCUGGAUAUACUAAGAGUAACGCAUUCUCAUCUCUAUUACAUAUCCUUGAUGAAUUUAAAAAGUCAAUCGACGUUAUCCCAAGUACCAGGGUUGAACAGAAAUCGUUUUUCGAUUCUGUAUCUAUUGACGCUCAAAAUAAAGUUGAAGAAAAAUACAAGAAUCUCAGCAGUCCGCCACAAAAGAAUACAAAACUGAUGAACAACUAUUUAAGUUCAUCAAACGGUCAACCUGCGGUCAACUUAGCGAUCGGCAAUAUUUCAAGUCAAGGCCUGAAGGAUCUUGAUAAACACAUUGGUACGGGUGCUACAGACAAGGACAGGAUUGAAGCAAAUACCUUCGAAAAGCCGUUCCAAUCAAUUCAAAACCAGCUGGGGCAGAUCAUUACACUGGUUAACGAGAGCAACGGCGCCCGUGAUUUCAUGCAAGACACCCAAAUUGACAGGAGGGGUGUUAAAACGCUAUUGACAGACCUUCAAGCAGGACUUGGAAGUAACCCCAAGUGGAAGAAAACCACCACUGGUGCUCCACUCCCCGGCCUCCAAACAACAACGACCGCUAUUAGCGAGCUGCAAAGCACCACGUUGGAUGACCAGCCCGGCGCAAUAUCCGGCGGAAUCGAUAAAAUAAGAGCCGAACUGAACAAGCUCAGAGACGGACUUCUGCAGAUGUCCGGCACUGCACCAAAAGACAAGGGCGUGUUGGACAAUUUAAAAGAUCUGGGGACGAAUAUCGGAUGGAAUCAAAAACAGGGUCUUGAAAGCUUUAAACUUGAUAUUAGCACUCUGAACACAAAGUCGCUUCCCACCGAAAUAGAAGCAAUAAAUUUAGCCGUUACCAAGAUUAAGCAGGAGCUGAAAAGACUUCAAGACGUUUUGAAAAAAGAAAAAGGCAACAAUGAUGACGUCAUCAACGCUCUAGCCGAUUUGCUCGAUAAGGGUAUUGACGUUGAUAAGGAUGAAAAUUGGAAAGGAACCACCAGCCUCCAGAGUAUUAAGGACCGUAUCACAGGCCUCAUCGGUGGACCAGAUAAAAAGAAAAACACCUUGGCUAAGAUAAUCCAUGAGGCUCAAACAUUCUACACCAGCACAAUCCCAAAUACGGUCAAGAAUUGUGUAGAGAAGAUCACUUCCAAACUGACGACACAAGUGGAAGAAAAAAUUAAAAUACUCCGAAACUCCGCUCUCUCCAAUUUCGCCAAGUCCAAAGAGGCAGAGCUGGAAAACUUGAAAAGACUAGUUACUGAGAAGAACGAAGCUAUCAGAAAACUAAUCGAUACAGAUAGACGAAAUGGCGUCAAGGGCUUAAUAGAAAAAUUGUGCGGCGGCGCACUUCAAAAUACCGAUGACAAUUUGCUGCUCCGCCUUAAAAGCGCCGUGACUGCAGGAACGAUUGUAACUCUGAGGGUUACGAAAACGCAGCAUGAAGCUACACGUUUAUCCGAUACGUCUGAAGCAUUCAACAAUUAUCUUACACCAAUCUUUAAGUAUGUUGAGGAGCAAGCAAAGACUGUGCUUCCUCCAGAGCGUCCGUUGAUGCCUCCACCUAAAAAGGGGAAUGCCCAAUCAAGUCAAAUCGCCGGACUGCAAUCCACUAUCGAUUCACUGCUGCAAUUUCUAAAGAACUCUAACCGUUUCGAUUUUAGGUUCCAAAAUAAUCUUGACACCGUUAAGGAUGCACUGUCCCGUUUGAUUUCUCCAACAUUCUCGGGAUAUCAGAAUGCUAUAUUGCUUGACACUGUUAAAAACGGCGUAACAUCCUUACUCGGUGAAUUAGAUAAGGUAUAUAUGAAUACUUAUGAUGGCGCAUUGUCCGUUGACUGGACUCAUGAUAUUGUAAAUUCAGAGCGGUGCGCAAAGGUCUUGUUUAGUAUUCUGAACAUUUUUAAUGAAGAAUUGGAGAUGUUGAUAGAGGAAUGUGGAAGCGUUUGGAGAGACAAAAAACUGUGCCAGAAGGAUGGAGAUAACAUUAAUCCGCUGGGCGCUUUCUUACAUAACUCUGGCUACAAGGUCGCCAAAAAUGGAACUUCGAAGGAGGGCGAGUUGAAAUUACCUAUAAACGAUUUCACGGGUAAGAAGAUCCAUGACCAUCUCAAGGCGCCCACAUCUGAUGGCUAUACACUCCUAGGCACUCUCGAAACUCUUGUCACACACCUUAAUGACUUUAAUAAAGUCGGCCACGUUAAACACAUCCCGUCACCUAAAACUCCAUGCAGCAUUUACGAAAUGCUUGCGUGGUGCUGUGGUCUCCAGUUCAACAGUGUCUAUGACAAGCUAGUAAAAUAUUGUGAUGAAUAUGACACCAACGAUACUGAUAAGACGGCAGACACCGAUUUCAAAAAACGUCUAUCAGACACCGUUGAUUAUAGCUUAAGUGAUCUGUGUACAUAUUCACGUAAAAUCCUCACCACUAUCGCCGGUCACGGCGACGAUUACACGGCAUACUCUUGCGAGCACUCAACCAACUCUCUUAAUCUUAAAUAUCCUGCAUCAGGCGAAGAUUGUUUGCGUACAUUGCUCGACAUCCUUCGCAGGAUGUUACCAACGCUGCGAUAUUUGAGAAGUCAAUGCAAACGUGGUACUGAACAUCACGGCUGGGCCAAUUGCCAAUACGGCAGAGAUAUCUCGCCGGUGAACCAGCCAUGUAAAGCGCAUCCUACCGAUAAAUCAAAUGGUCAACCUAAGUGCCAGGCAAAUUGUCAAGCAAAUAGCCAACCAACGUGCCAACCAACUUCGCCUCUGAUGUCUUAUCUAAAUGACUGUUUACCUGGUCACCUACCUCACCAGCUUAUCAAUGUGGGCUGCAAAUCAGUUUGCAGUAAUUGCCCUAAAGGCCAGCCUGGAACGCCCUGUCUCACGCCACUAGGGUUCAGGCGUUUCUCGGGAAGUACAAGGACAGGUAAUGUGCUGUGCAACCUGCUAAACAAGUUCUUCAGCAGUGCCAACCUUUCACCGUUAUUCUGCGUGGCCCCCAAGCCGCCAUCCACGCUACCAGAGCACUUAUCCUUUGCGUUGACGUUGGUUAAUGGUUGGCGUAACAUAGCCACGGACCCCUAUGAACCACGCAUUCGUGCAUCCAUAAAGAACACAUCUAUUCAGUUAUACGCUGAACCAACCGUGCUUACCAAUGCCAUCAUUAAUGCGUAUGGAUCUGGGUCUGCUGAGCAUACUGAUUGCACGCAUCCUCAUCUUACGCACCUUACUACCAUUGGUUUCUGCAACACCAAAGGUAACAGAAUUGAGCGCGCCCCGUACCUUCAAUCGCUAUGCCGUGAUGUAUAUCACGACCUCGUUAAGAAACAUGCCAACCUAUAUUUGUCAUGGGCUAUCUAUCUUCCGUGGACGUUCUGGGACUUACUUAAUAAUCUAUACAAUACCUUCUGCUCUAUCGUUUGUGAAGACUACGGAUGCCGUAGUUGUCUCCGCGGUGGCAAAUGUAAACGCGGGCAACACGGGCUCGUUGUCAGCGAAGAAGGAAAACCUGAUAAACCUCACUGCUUAUGUUCCUCUCUAGUCCAAUGUAAGGGGGUAUCCCCAACACUGUACCAGUAUGGACUAAGUUUCGGUGCAGUGUCUAGGUUAGAUAACAUUGCAUCUCCAAAGAAAUGCUCCGAUUUCUGCAGUCAGCUGAGGAAUGUCCUUGAUUCAGAAUAUUUCAAGGAGCUAUUCAAAGAGUGCGAUGAAUUCCUAUGGAUCAUUCGCACACCCUUCUCCUACCUAUUAUUAUCCCUCUGGUCGCUGUCGCUCCUGUACCUGCUGCACAUCGCCGUCGUCCGCCUCGACGUCCUCAGGAUACGCUCCCACCUGAGAUCACCCUCAAGCCACCGCAUCGCCGCGCAGUCCCUCCUCGCCGCCGCACGCGUCAAGGCACUCGCCAACGAUGCCAGAGGAAGGGCCUUGAAGGACAUUGAUGCCCGCCGUAUCUCCCUUGGUCAGCUUGCUGGACAGCUUUCGGGUUUUAUUGGCGGUGGAGAGGAAGUAAAAAAUGCAUUGUUGAAUGGUUUGUACAGUAAUGUAAAUGAGCUUGAAAAGCUUUUAAAAACGUCUUGCGGAGGUGAGGGGUGUGAUGGUCAUCGUAGUCAAAUUGAUGGUCUUAAUGAGAAGCUUGAUAAACUUAAAAAUCACCUUAAUGAGGAACCAAAAGCCUCUGAAAAUCUUGCUGUAAUCCUUUCAGACUGCGAGUUAAAUGUCCAUGAUGGUCCCUUAAAAGAGCUUAAUAAGGAAAUUCCUAAAAAAAUCCAGGAGCUUAAAAUAAAAAUUGAAGAGCUUAAACAGCUUGAUAAAGAUGCUGAAAAGGCUGGUGAAAAGCCUAAAAAUGCCUCUCAAAUUGACAAGCUUAAUAAGGAUCUUCAGUCUCAUAAUGCUUCCAUGAAGUCUCUUGAGACACUGAAUCAGCUUUGUGAAAUUGCUAAUUCACUUACUAAAACUCAACAAAAUAAUGAAAAUCCUAAAAACCUUUUAGAUAACCUCUGCACAGGCCUCGAAAAAUUUCUCGGCUACAGUAAUGGGAAUUACACCGGAGAAGGAAUCGUGUACUCGGACCUUGACAGGCUCUGCGACGGGGUGAUGUCUUUCCUUCAUGGUGUUUUAGAUAACAUUCAGCCUAAAUUGGGACAGCAUAAAACACAAAUUGAUAGCGCACUUAGCAAACUUAAAGACACAAAUGAUAAUGGUAUUACUAAAUACAAGGCGGCGAUAGCCGCGGUGGCCGAGGGGGUACGUGCAUAUAAUGAGAGAGUGGCAGCGUCGAAUGAUGCUGUGAAAAGUGUUGUUACUACAUUACAUAACAAUGUGAAUACAUCAUUUGUAGAGAGUGUGAAACUCAUACUGCCGCAGAAAGACAUUGAUACUGCAAGUGCCAAGGUAGUCCAGGCGGCGGAGGCCUUAAUAGGCAAGAAGGUGGAGGAGUGCGAGCGAUACGCUUCGGCGUUUAAGACUUCACUUGAUAGCCAAACAAAUAACAUUGAUAAUCUUAAUAGUAGUUUGAGUGCUAAAAUACGUAGUGUAAUUAGUAGUGUAGAACAUGAGAAAGCGCGACUGCAUGACGUGGCGGCGAAGGAGAAAGCCGUCUUAACGGCGACGACUGAGAAGGUCAAAACAGCGCUGGAAACGUUGAAAUGUAGCGUUAACGAUAAGAUCACAGUAGACGUUGGGAAGCUUGUCAAAGAGGUGAAGGAGGCCUUAAAGCCUAUUUUGAAGGAGCUGAAGAGCAUCAGUCAGUCGCUGUCCGAGUGCAUCAAAAGGUUUGGGAAAUGGAUGGAGGAGGCGGAGAGGAUUCUUCAGAAUGCGUUAGAUAAAGUCAACGAGAUACUGGCGGAGGCCAAUGAAGGCAAUUCAAGUAAGAAUCCCAAGAAGAUAUAUCAGGCCGUUGAGCACAUUCAGACGCAGACCGUCGCGCUGUACGGACAAUUGGACGGAGUGAAGGAUAAGUACAAUGAAUUGUUUACGACUCUGAAGGGAAAGAACGGAGACGGACAAGGCGAUGAGGGUGGUGUGAUGGGAAAGCUUAAAGAGGCAGAUCAGCAGGUUAAAGAGCCAAAGGAAUUGGAGGAGUGGAAGAAGGACGGCGGUGACUGGGAUGUUUCCAAAAAGAUUGAUCCGCUUUACAAGGAAGUUAAUACUCAGCUGGGAAAUGCUAUUAAUAAACUGUGGGCGGAUUUGGAUAAGGGGUUAGCAGAGGCUUAUCGUGGUCUAGGGCAAUUUAAUUCCGACCUUCCUGGCCUUGAAGCUUUGAAAGGCACUGGGCUAGGGGCUAUUAGAGACGUGGGAAUAUGGAUUACGGCAGGCAUCACAGACAAACAAAAUAUUGGCAAUCAUUUAGAAAAUGUCUUGAAAUAUCUCAAGACGGCAGAGAACAAUUGGAAUAAAGUCAAACAGGACAGAGUACACCAAGAAAUCGUCGAAGGCAUCAUCAACGACCUAGGCACUAGAACCAUGAAAGGCGUCGAAAAGCAACUGGGAGAGCUCCUGAACGCUGCCGCCAUUAGUGGUGGAGAUAACCUUCAGAAGGUGGUUAAUAAAAUCGUCAGUCAACAUCUCGAGCCUAUUAAAAACGAGGCUCAAGGCUAUGUGGACGGAGCCAACGAAGCGCAGAACGAGCUUAUGCUUAAAGCCAACGAAAUCACGCAGUGCCUCGGCAACCUGUGCUACAAUAUUAGGAACGCCGCUGAACUGGACCCUCAUAGUGCGAAGAGAAAAUUGGAAGAGCUGAGAGAUACAUAUUUCAAGGAGCCCGGCAAAGAUGAUGCCAAUAGUAUCAAGAAAAUAUACACUGAGAUUACUGAUCUCCAACGCAGGCUGGAGGCCGAUCCCAUCCACAAACUCAAAAUAUUCCUCGAACAAUACGCCGACAAAAUGCUCGACCUGCACGUGAAAUCGCUUCACAAGCAAGUCACCAACACAGUCGAAGACACCAAAGCGUUACUCACCACCCAGGCGAAAAAGGACUACGUGACCGCCAUGCAGCUCCUCAUCCAGCAGUUCGCCGAGAGAGUGAGCAGAGACUUGAAUGGACUGCCGACACAAAUUGCAGAGGAUUUAACAAUCGGUCAUAAAGGCUUUAUGGCAAAAUUGCACGAGCAAUUUAUUACGAAGAUUGAAGAUAUUGAAAAAAUAAAGCCGGCGUUAUUCGCCUCAGAUAGCUCUCCCAUGAGCCGAGCAGCGAAUAUCCUAAAACCGGCGUACACAGCCCUGUUCGAAAAGUUACAAAGUCAAUCUGAUUUCACUACUGACUUCGAGAAAAUUGAAUCGUCGAAGAAUGCUCUGAUCGAAUUGCUUGGUAAGCUCGUCGAGUCGAAAUACUUUGACAACAAAUUCAGAGAAAAUUUGAAAGCACUGAAUGACAACGUGAACAAAAUAAAUCCCGCUGAGUACGGCGAGGGGAACAGUCCUUUUGUCCUCAACGCUCUCAAGGAGGGAUUUCCGGCGUUAGUCAAGGAACUGCAGAAGGCCUACAGAAACGUCUACGAGGGAGCGGACAGAAUCGACAGGUGGACUGAACGUCUGCCUGCUGACCAACCAGCCCAGUCAACUAGCGAUGCUGUUGCAGUGCCAAAAGAGAAAUUGACGACCGACGGAGAGCAUGGAGCAAAGGUGUGUCUCACCGUGUUCCAUAUCCUAAUCUCCACGCUGGAAAAACUCAAGCAGAGUAAUGGCAGAGAAAAUAUCAACAAGUCGACAAAGCUCGGACAGUUCCUCGCCGAAAUAGGAUACGGUGUUUCCGAUUCCGCGACUGAACAGAACGGCGAAUUGGACAAGAGCGUAAGCGGUGGGAGAAUUAGAGCUCUCCUAGCAGGUAAAAUUGCUGGCGCCGAAGGCAUUAAAAUCUUGACGGACUGGAAGCAAGAAGAGAUUAAGAAGCAUCCUAAGGACGGACAGACGGCCGAUAAAAUUAACGUCGUCGACAUCCUUGCGUUCCUCUACUCCCAAGUCCAGCAGUACUACGACGUAUGCCACCGGAGACACAUCCCCAACCCAGUUGCGCCGACGAAUAUAUACCAGAUGCUCAAGUGGCUUACCGGUCUCACUCACCAUCCGGUCUACUCAGAUCUGUCGCUCAACGGUUUUGAAGGGCUGUUUGAGAAGCCGGAGAAACAGGCGUCGGAAACCAAGGACGGCGAUAUGCUUCUAGACGAACCCGCCGUAUCUCUUGAUGCCUAUCCAAAUCCCAUAUCCCCUACGACACUGUACAAUACCCUUGGAGAGGUUUGUGCGUACGCUGAAGAAACUCUAAUUGCACUCCUAGGCUAUGGCCUCUCUGCAGGCGUAUAUGCCUGCGAUUUUAAUACGAACCCAGAUAAUUUAUCAUAUCCCGGCCAUGCUGGUAAAUGUUUAGACUUACUCGUAGAAAUCGUAAUGCGGCUGUUCCAUCAACUUCGUUUCCUAUAUGAGCAGUGCACGUAUCCCACAGACCUCGGCGGCUGGCGCAACUGCUGGUACGGUCAGGGUGUUGGUGGCUCUGGUUGGCAGUGUAAUGAGAAGCAAUGUGCCAACCAAGAGUGCAAGCUAAACGCUGACCAAAGAGCUACCCAAAAGGCCAACCUAACGUGUAACCAACACCCUAAGUGUGGCCUUAAAUCCCCUUUACAAUCCUUUCUGGAGGAUGGUCUGCAAGGUUUCUUGCCGCACCAUUUCUCGAAAAAUAAUUGCAAAAUAACAUGUGACGCUCCGAAUCACAGGGGCGUCCCUUGCAAAACGCCAUUCGGCUUGGUGGACCUUUCCACUGUUGCAUCUCAUACGAGCAGUGGCAGUAGACUUUACCGUGCACUUAAGGAACUCUGCGGCACUUCGGCUGCGCCUCUCACUAAACUGUGCUCCGACCUAAUAUGCGUGUUAGGUAGGCCACCUCAGACAUUAGGUGAUUUGUUUUCAUUCUACCAUAGUUUUAUUACAACCUGGGGAGACAAGGGCAGAAAGCACAAAAAAGACGCCUUUGAUGAAUCCGUUCAAAAGGCUCACUUCGGUGUUCCAUAUUCGAAAUUGGAUGCCUAUUCCAUAUUCAAAGGUAGCCACUCAGCAAAAACGGCGGGCCACACAGAUGGUGAUCUCCUCAGCCUUGUAUGCAGCACACAGUCGCCAGGUAAAUGUGGCCUAUAUUUGACUUCUCUAAGUAGCGAUAUCAGUGCCACGUUCUCUGCAAAACACGGUGACAAAUACCUCUCAUGGAUCGUUUACAAGACAGAGACGUUUUAUGACCUGCUUAAGAAGUUGUUUGAUGAGUGCAACGGUAGUUGCGGCGGUGACAGGCCCAGAUGCCGUAUCGCUAAAUGUCCAGAAAGCUGCAAGGUUGCCAAGCAGCCAAGUACAUCCAGUCACAAAGACCCCUGCAACUCCCUUGUCAACUGCAAUAGUACACUGCCGACAUUGUGCAAAUAUGGCUUCACAAUUAACAGCCCAUCCAAACUGUGCGGUAAGGAUGACCAAGCACUCAAACGUACGUGCAACGAUUUGUGCACAAUAUUGGAAAAGGUUGUCAAGGUGGGCAAUGCGCUACAUACAUUGGCAUUUGUCACCAUACCGGAAUAUUUAUUCCUGAUACGCGCACCUUUCAUAUGGACUCUCGUAGCCCUCUGGUCCCUCUCUCUGCUCUACCUGCUGCACAUCGCCGUCGUCCGCCUCGACGUCCUGAGGAUACGCUCCCACUUAAAAUCACUUUCAAGCCACCGUGUCGCCGCCCAGUCGCUCCUCGCCGCCGCACGCGUCAAGGCACUCGCCAACGUCAAGUACUUCUCACCAUAA